AUGGAAUGGUUUAUCUCUCAAGACAUCAGUCGAUGGAAGACAUGGGAAGAGAUGGCAAGUUCAUUCAUGGAAAGAUUCCGCUUCAAUGUGGAAAAUGUGCCUGAUCGCUUCUCAUUGGAGAAAAUUCGUCAAAAAUCGACUGAAACCUACAGAAAAUAUGCCAGUCAGUGGAGAGACGAGGCAGCACGUGUGCAACCACCUAUGACUGAAGCUGAGCUUGUAGCUGCAUUUAUACGGUACCAAGAAGCUGAUUGUUUUGACAAAAUGAUAACUAUGAAAGGGAGUUCCUUUGCGGAUUUAGUCGCCGUUGGGGAAGAUAUCGAAGAUGGCCUCAAGACCGGUAGGAUUGUUAGUGUACUAAAUAGAUCAGAUGCGUCUGGCGCCGCAGGUGGCAAAAAGAAGAGAGAAGAUAUAGCCUAUGUUUCUAGAACUACUAGCCCAAAAAGCCGAGGAAAAGAGAUAACCCACAAAAAUCAAGAUAACUACCAAUCACCUCCACCAACCAACUAUAUAACCACUUCACCCCAAUAUAGCCCAAUGUCUGUGUGCUACGCACAACCUAGCUACCAAGCUCCACAACCAAAUUAUCAAAUACCAGCACCUAGCAACCGAGCUCCACGACCAAAUUAUCGAAUGCCAGCACCCAAUAACCAAGCUCCACAAAACCAGACUUUCCAAAACCAGCCUCCCCCAGCAAACUAUGAGGCACCCCAAAAGAAACCUAUGAGAGUAUUCACUCCUUUACCGGAAUCAAGGGCUAGUUUGUUUGCCAAACUAAGAGACGUCGGGCGAAUGAAUGUUGUUCCACCAAAACCUGCUAAUCCCACGGAUCGAUGGUACAUGCCGAAUUUCACUUGCGCCUAUCAUUCUAACCAAGUUGGCCAUACCACCGAAUAUUGCAUAAACCUAAAGCACAAACUACAAGAUAUGAUUGACAAUCAUGAGCUUAUCCUGGAACCAACACCUCCAAAUGUGGACACAAAUCCUCUUCCGAAACAUGGAGGGAAUCAAAUUCACAUGAUAGAAAGAGGUGAUGAAUGGGAAGAGAGCCCUGCGAUAAUUCGUCCAGAUAUUGAAGGGUUGGAAAGCACCGUCGCCUCGUUGUCUUUACAAGAGCGAAAAGAAGUGUUAAGCCCUUUGACAAAGAAAUAUGAGACAUCUGUUGUAGCCAAGAAAGAGCCCUUCGUGCUCAAAUAUCCCUCAACAGUCACUCGAAUUCAGAACGAGCCAUUCAUACUCAAAACAUCAAGACCAGUUGAGAAUGCACCCUUUGUGAUCAAACCACCGCAUCUGACAAUGGUCAAUAAAGGAAAAGAGAUAGCCGCUGUGGUUCAGGGUAUGACUAGGUCUGGAAGGUGUUAUGCUCCAGAAGAGCCUGUGCUCGAAGCGCCACAUCGCGAAAACCCUCAGAAAAGACCAAUCACUGAAGGCGAAGCCGAAAACUUUUGGAGGCAAAUGCCAGUCAAGGAUUAUUCGAUUGUUGAGCACCUGCAUAAGACUCCUGCCAGGAUAUCAGUAAUGUCAUUAUUACUCAAUUCGUCUCAACAUCGCUUAGCCUUGAUGAAAGCUUUGGAUGAAGUCCAAGUGCCCGUCGACACUACAAGCGAAACAUUGGCUGAAAUUGUGGGAUAUGUUGUACGAGCACAUAGGCUAUCAUUUUCUGAUGAUGAAUUACCAAGGGAAGGUAAGUCCCACAAUAAAGCCUUGCACAUAACAGUCAAAUGCCGUGACAAGAUUAUCCCUCAAGUGUUGAUUGAUGGAGGGGAUGGAUUGAAUGUAUGCCCUGUGACGACUUUGAAACAACUCGGGUAUGAUGUUGGCAAAAUCCGCCAGAGUCGAACAAAUGUAAAAGCUUAUGAUGGCGCAACCAGCGACCCAAUUGGAGAAAUAGAUCUACACAUACAAAUAGGUCCCGCAGAGUUCGUAGUGGAGUUCGUCAUCAUGGAUAUCAAAACAAGCUACAACUUAUUAUUGGGACGACCAUGGUUGCACGCCGCCGGAGUUAUAGCAUCUUCGUUACACCAGUCUCUCAAAUUCAUAUGGGAUGAUCAAGAAGUCGUGAUUCACGGUAAAGGAAGUAUCCACAACUAUCCGGACAACUCUGUACCAGUCAUAGAGAAGUCACCAGUUGGUGCUGAUUUUCACACUGUUGAACUAGCCAUGAUAGAUCGUAGGGGAGAUGAUGAAGAUAUCCCUAUGCCACUGGUCUACAAAAUGGUUGCUACAACUAUGAUAAGGAGUGGGUUUGAGCCCGGGAAAGGUCUGGGAAAGAACUUACAAGGAAUCAAAGAACCAGUGAGUAUAAAAAAUGGGAAAUAUCGAUUUGGGGUUGGAUACGAGCCAUGUGAGGCAGAAGAGGAAGAAGAAGAAUAUGGACCAAGAGGUCCCGUUGAAAUGAGAAAGUCCAUUCCCUCAUCUAUACCAGUCCUUCACAGCAUGCCCAUUGAGUCACAACAACAAAGAUCCAGAAGAGGGUUUAAGGACGUUGUUUUGGGAAGAAGAAUGCGCAGCCAUCAUUGA